AUAAUUAGACUGUUUUAAGGUUACCAAGUGUGUUUAUUAUCCUACGAAACACAAAAGUAAAGGAAACCCUAAAAUCAAAGUAGCUGAACCAAGAAGAGAAAGUACUACCGCACUAAUCUUCUUCUUCUUCUUCUUCUUCUUCUUCUUCUUUAUUCCAAUUGUUAACUGAUAAAGCCCAAAAAGAAUUAUUUGUUGUAGACGAUACUAUUAAAAACUGUGCUCUCUCUCCAUGCCCAUGGAUUCAUUUCCAGAAAUGGAUAGCUUCAACUUGGAAAACGCUAGCCUCAACGUUAGCAAUAACGGUGCCACAUCACUUGCAACCCCGUCUUCUUCGACGUCAAGCCGGUACGAGAACCAAAAGCGCCGUGACUGGAAUACCUUUGGACAGUACCUGAAGAAUCAUAGGCCCCCACUUUCACUCUCCAUGUGUAGUGGAGCUCACGUCCUGGAGUUCCUUCGCUACCUCGACCAAUUUGGAAAAACCAAAGUCCACACUUUUAACUGCCCCUUCUAUGGCCUGCCAAACCCACCUGCCCCUUGUCCAUGCCCACUCCGUCAAGCCUGGGGUAGCCUCGAUGCUCUCAUCGGCCGCCUCCGAGCUGCCUUUGAAGAAAAUGGCGGAAAACCUGAAGCAAACCCAUUUGGAAUCCGAGCUGUGAGGCUUUAUCUUCGUGAGGUUCGCGAUUUGCAGUCAAAAGCAAGAGGGAUUAGCUAUGAAAAGAAGAAGCGUAAGCGACCCCUAGCCAACCAAACCCCAACUCUUCCAGUGCCACCACCACCACCACCAAGUGCGAGCUGAAAUAUGCAUCGCCAAAACCCCAUAACCAUAAGCAAGUUGCAGUUUAAUUAGUCUAGCGUAUAACUAAAUGUUCCUCCCUGGCUGCUGCUUUGCUUGAUCUAUGAAAGGUAGUUUUCUUUCACCUUUUCCAUCAGCUACAUGGUAUUGGUUUGAGACAUAAGUACUAUAUUAUUUUUAGGAUAGUUUUACUUCUCGAUGCCUUGUGCCUUUCUACUUUCUGUUAGAGUGGUAAAAACUGGUAAUGCUUUUGAGACUUUUGGGGACUCCUUUGAAAUCUACUUUUGAUGCAAACAGUGUCAGUAUCCUCAGUAAUGAACUAGUACUAAAAAAACAGUCAUUCUAGGAGUGACUGUACUAGCAGUUGUUAUUGCCUAAGUGGAACUGAUCAUUGCCAAACUAAUUAACCAUAUGUUUGAAGUUCAUAUCUUUCUUCA